AUUCUCUUAAUGUAGAAGUUUAAAUAUUUUUUUUAUUUGUAUCUCCCUGUAUAUUAUGCGUUUUCUUUCUUUUUUGUGUGUUUAUUGCUCUCUGCGCCUAUUCGACAUUUUUUUCCUUUGUCUUCAAAUAAAUAUAUUUACAAAAUAACUGAGAUGGCAGAAUAUAAAACUCUCUGCCCGAAAAUUAUAAAAAUAACCGCAUUGAUUCUAGCAUUUCUACUGUUAGUCAAGACAUUUCUUUGCUUUCUGUUGUCAUUUGCCAUACUCGAAGAACCGCCUGAGGAUUGGCCACAAAGGCUAAAAGAAGUACAAAUGUUCUUAUGGCCUCUUCUAGAUGACUGCCAUCCCAAAUGGUAUAGUUGGUUCUCGCUAAUUCUCAACGCUGUCGGUGUUGUGGUAUAUUCUUAUAUGUACUUUGGCAUACUAAACACACACAAAUUUAAUCUCUUGGUGGGUCUCAUUGGAGUGACGGCUUAUCUUAUAGUUUCCGUACCAGCUCACAUCGUCUUGUGGAUAUUACAUACAAGGCCACAUACGAUGAUGACCUUAAAUUGCAUGGGAACUGCGGUGUCCGUCAUUUGCAGCCCUUUAUCCUACAUUCACUAUCGAAGAAUACUCAACGACGAGCGCAUUCAAGAAAUGGAGGAAAGCGAAUAUGCAGAAAGUAAAAAGAAAUGAUUAAUGUGUUGAAUAAUGGUUCAAAUAUAGAAAUAAAUAUACAGAUUUAAAUUGAUGGAAUA